CGCUACGGUAAGUCCCAGGAGGCUAAAAUUAUAAGAGAGAAGCUGGAUAUUCUCUCGAAAAACAAAGCCUAAUUAAGAAAAAAAAUAGUCUCAAAGACAAAGAAGUUGCUUAGAAAUGCCAAGGAAGCACAGAGCGCCAGACUUGGAGGAGCUGGCGCUUCGCUCCGUAGGCACAUAUAUAACGGACUUUGGUAAAAAUUUGAUAAGGCCUAUACAAGAAAUAUCGCAGCAAGAUCCAGAUCUUGGCCUCAAGACAUUGAGUAAAUUGCUAACGGCAAUGAAAUAUCGUCUAAGUUCCAGCGUGCCUUGGCAUCUUUAUGACAAAAUGGCAAUAGCAGCGCUCGGCUCUAUAAUGAAUUUAAUCAACGAAACAAGAAAGUCUUACAACGAUUUUUCGCCGAUCGGAAUUUUUUUAUCAGAGGUUAACGUUGUAGUGAGUCUUAUCGAAGUGGUGGUCCAUGCUAAUCUUCGGAGUAUAGAAUUUGCAGCAUGGCCGAAAAUAAUGCGACACGUGUUGUACAAUAAUUUGCACAAUAUGACAGGCUUGGAAGUUUUGGAUCUUGGUUCUGGCUCAGCCGGUUGGAGAACAUCUGAUAUCGAAAAAAUAAUAAUAAACGGUGUCGCAACAAUGCCUAAUUUGAUCUCUUUCACCUUGUGCUUCGAUUGCACGGACAAUAUAAUUGCAGCGGUAGGACAAAACUGUCCAAAACUUCGGUACAUCGACGUGACAGCGUCGCGAUCGGUGACUGAUCGCAGUAUCGUUGCGCUCAGCAAAUCUCGAGUAUUACGAGAAGUCAAACUUUUUCGUACUUCCGUAUCAAUAAUUGGUUACGCGAAUUUACUUCUCGCGCAUUCGAGACUCGAGGACAUCGGACGGUGUCAUGAAAUCGGUAACGUUCUCGAACACAUUCGCGAAAAAUUCGAUGCUACUACCGAAAAUUACGAAAAACAAUUGUAUCUGCGCUCUUUUGAAUCUCGGAACGUAGCGAUGAAUCACUUGUAUCUUUUGAUCGCCAUGUGUCCUUACGUCACGAGAUUGUCAUUGAUGUGCGACGAGAGAAUAAGCGAUCUUACGAUUCUUGCUGCUUUGGAAAAUCUCACGGAACUGAGGUUACUUUCGUGUUAUUUUUACGCCGAUCGCGUCAAGAAUCUUUUGGAAUUGACCAACGGUAGAAUCAUCAGUCUCCAUCUCGAGCACGUCGAUGAAAUAGAUACGAGUGCUCUCGUUUACAUAAGUCAAUAUUGUCCUGAGAUAAGAAACUUAACAUUUUACAAUUGCGAACUUCUGGACCAUACCUCAAGCCAUUUUCGCAAAUUACCAGUUGAGCCUUUCAAGUAUCUCGAACGAAUUAAAUUCGUCGCUGAUUGUGCGAGUGUACAUCUUGAAUUUUUAUUGUCGCAUUGCACCAACGUCAAAUUCAUACAAUUGGGAUCGUCCACUGGCAUCGGUGAUACAACAAUGAAAAGAGUUUUCUCACAAAAUCCAAUGAGCAAAUUGGAAGAACUUAAAAUACUUUACAGCGACGAUCUCUCCAUGAGAACUGUGCGACUGUUGAUGCAAAACUGUGGAAAUUUACGACGCAUCUCCGAGCUUGAAAGCUGGCAGGGAAUAUCCAGCGAAGAAUUGAGGAUCUUCAGAGAAGAGCUCAAAACCAACAACUUUGAUCUAGACACCAGUCCGACUUUAUCACUUGCAUAAUAUUAGUGAAAUUCUUUUUUCUUCAUACUUCUUUUUACACGGAUGUUUUUUUUUUAAAGAUCAUGUCUCAGGGAAUAGUUUCCGAUUCAAAAAAGGAAUGGUCUAAAAGUUUUAUUCGCCAAAAAGGUGAUGCAUGAUCUCAGCGAGAUAUAUCCACUUUCUGGUUCUAACUUGUCGUUCAUAAUGGCUUUUUCUUUUUGAACCUCGUGCUAUUUUCCUCAGUCCAGUGCCAUGACACUAUCGGGAGUGAUGCGAGGAAUGAAAAUAUUUUUUCAAGUACCAGAUCCUCGCGAUAAUAAUCAAUAAACUUUUAUUUUUGUAAACUAGUCUUGUACUCUUGUACAGAACAGAGACUGUGAUUAACGAUAAAUAAUAUCGUCCAUGUCUGUUACAACGGAAAUUAAUGUAAAGGAUAAAAUACGAAUUGACUCGUUGCUCAUUUGUCAUGUCCGAGAAAAAUAUACUUACGAAUAUUUUAAUUAUACAGAAAAGAACGUAUGAAUAAUUAUGGAAAUUGUAAUCGGUUUUUAAGUCCAUCGAGAAUCGUACGAAAUGACAUUAAUGUGAAAAAAUCAACGUGGAAUUUUCGAAA